AACCACCCUCUAUUAACUUUUCCUUUGUAUUUUCUCCUAUAAUCCUCUAUUUUAACACACACUAAGGCACAUUAUCAUACACUAACAAUAAAACACAUUGAGAGUUUGUUUGUGUAUAUGGAGGAUAAUAAAUAUGAAGUUGAAGAAUGUAGAGGUGUACUUUGGGUAUAUAGUGAUGGAACUAUACUUAGAUUAACUAAGCCAAGUUUUGAAGUUCCUAUACAUGAUGAUGGCUCAAUUCUUUGGAAAGAUGUUGUGUUUCAAGCCAUGCAUGAUCUUCAACUCCGGCUCUACAAGCCGGCUAACCCUACCUCAUCGGCUAAGCUCCCCGUCUUCUACUACAUUCACGGGGGUGGUUUUUGUAUCGGCUCUCGUACGUGGCCUAACUGUCAGAACUACUGUUUCAAGCUAGCUUCCGAGCUCCAAGCCGUGGUUAUCUCUCCUGACUAUCGGCUUGCUCCUGAGAACCGGCUCCCAGCCGCUAUUGAAGAUGGUUACGCGGCUGUGAAAUGGCUUCGGGACCAAGCCGUGUCUGACGAGCCGGACACGUGGCUUACGGAUGUGGCCGACUUUAGCCGAGUUUUUAUUUCGGGUGACUCGGCUGGUGGCAACAUCGCGCAUAAUUUGGCACUACGACUUAAAGCCGGCUCAGCUGAGCUGGAUCCAGUUCGAGUUAGGGGUUAUGUUUAUUUGCUUCCUUUUUUUGGAGGGACUAUAAGGACAAAAUUUGAAGCUGAGGGGCCUAAAGAUGCUUUCUUAAACAUUGAGCUUAUUGACAGGUUUUGGAGGCUAUCAAUACCCAUUGGAUCAACCACUGACCAUCCACUUGUGAACCCCUUUGGGCCUAACAGCCCAAAUUUGGAAAAAAUUGAUCUUGAUCCAAUUCUUGUGCUUGUUGGAGGAUGUGAUCUUCUUAAAGAUAGAGCCAAAGAUUAUGCAAACAAAUUGAAGAAUUAUGGAAAAAAUAUUGAAUAUGUGGAAUUUGAAGGACAACAACAUGGUUUUUUCACUAUUAAUCCUAAUUCAGAAUCUUCAAAGAAGUUAAUGCUCAUAAUCAAGAAGUUCAUUCAAGACAAUUCUUCUUAAGAUUUAAAAAAAUAAAAAUUGCCAAUAAAAUUUGUUAUAUUUUUAUUAAAA